UCACAGAGGAAUUUCAGUGUCCCCACACACCCACUUAAAUCGCCCCCGCUUUCUCUCUCUCUCUUUCUCUUUUCUUUCUUGCUUUCUUUCUCCUCUUCUCGUCGCUUCGCUGCUGCAGUGCUUCAGAGCUUCCUCUCUCUACCACUUUGCUGUAUUGCUUCUCUUCCUUCGCCUUCUUGCUCCUCCCUCUCUCUCUCUCUCUCUCUCUCUUCCAUGUAGCCAUCCAUCCAUGUCACUCUCCUAGCUAGCCGCAAGAAAUCGCAAUAAAAAAUCACAUCCGGGCGAAAGGGAAGAGAGAAAAAAAAGGACGAGAGCUCGUCUCGUCCCCACUAGAUCGAUCAUAGGCCCAGGUAUAUAGAGGAGGCCAGUAAUUAAGGGGGAGAUAGAGACCGGGCGCUCUAGGGCACUACCGCUAGCAGUUGCAGAAGCUGAGACCUCAGCUCAGCUCAGCAAGAAGGGGUGGAGACGAGAGGGGACGGGAGAUUUUUAUUCGCAGAAGAGCGCGGCGUCUCCUCCCCUUUUUAUCUGCUGCGGGUGGGCGGCGGCGACUGCUGCUGCUGCGGCCGUAACGAAAUCUAGGCUCUAUCUACAGCGGCGCAAUUUUAAAUCGAAAUCUGGGCUCCUCUCCUCUCCGCAGCUAGCUCUGCGAAAUCCAUUCCGGGCCUAUAAGUGUGGCUUCGGGACGGCGCUUCCCAUCCGACACCGGCGCCUUCGCGGACUGGGUCGCCUCCUCGGCCGCCGCCGGCCGCGGGGACGACCUCUCUCUCGGCUUCAAUGCCGGCGCGGCCGCCGCGGCCGCGGCCGCCUCCGGCGCCUCGCUGGGCGCGGGCCUCUGGGGCCCGGCCUCCUCCGCGGCCUCCAUGCGCCAGGCGGCCGCGCUGAACUACGGGAUGGCCGACGUGGGGAUGGUCGUCGUCGCGCCCGCCGCGUCCUUCCACCACACGCACCACCACCACCACCACCACGAGGCCGCGGCGGCAGCGGCGGCCGCGGCGGCCGCGGACCCCAUCUUCCCGCUGCUCUCCGGGGGGCCCUGCGUGCUUGAUCCGGACGCCGCCAAGUCGGGCUCCGGGGCGCCGCCCGGCAGCGCCAUCCAAUUCUGGCAGCCGCAGCCGCCGCCGCAGUCGCCGUCGUCGGCAGCGGGCGCUAACCCUAACCCUAGCGCCAGCCCUUUCGCCUACCUCAAGAAGCCCCUCCCGAUGCUGGACACCGGCGCCGGCUCCUCCGGCUCCGGCGCCACCACGUGCCAGGACUGCGGCAACCAAGCGAAGAAGGACUGCGGCCACAACCGGUGCCGCACCUGCUGCAAGAGCCGCGGCUUCGACUGCUCCACCCACGUCAAGAGCACCUGGGUGCCCGCCGCCCGCCGACGGGAGCGCCAGCAGCUCGCCGCAUCCGGCUCGGCCUCCUCCUCCCCCGCCACGGCCUCUGCGGCGGCGGUCGCGUCCGCCUCCGCGUCGAAGAAGCCCCGCCUCUUGUCGUCGCAGACCACCACAUCGCACACAUCAACCUCCAACGCCACCACGCCGCGAAGCUUCGACACCACCUCCAGCCACCAAGACGCGUCGUUCAGGGACAGCCUUCCGCGGCAGGUGCGCGCGCCGGCGGUGUUCAAGUGCGUGCGCGUGACGUCCAUCGAAGACGGCGAGGACGAGUACGCGUACCAGGCCAUGGUGACCAUCAACGGCCACCUGUUCAAGGGGUUCCUCUACGACCAGGGCCCGGACGACGGCCGUCACGCGGCCACCAGCAACGAGGACUCCACGGCGGGGGUGCCCAACAUCUCGGAGCUCCACCUCGGAGCGGCGUCCGCUUCCGGUGCCGGUGGGAGCGGCGUCAAGGAAGGCGGCUCCUCGAUGGUGCCCACGGAGCUAUACGGCGGUGGAGGACAGCAUCACAUUCUCGGCGGGUCAGGCUACGGCAACACCAUGAACUGAGUACGUACGUAGUUCUACACCGGGAGAGUAUGGUUACACCGAUAGUAUUGCCAUUCUUUGUUCCUCUUCGUUGCUGUUGCUGGUGGGGAUUAAUUUUCCCUUGUUUCUUGCCCGUGCCGCCAUUAGAGAGGCCAUCAAUGCAUGGUGCCUGUCCAACUUCAUCCCAUCGCAUUGUGAUGUUAUUAGUGAUUCGUUGGUGUACAAUAACAUCGAUGAAGAAUUGUUUUUAGUCGUACUAGUGCUCUGCUGGCACCACUUCCUUUUUUUCCUACUAGUUGGGUAGAGAGGAUGGAGAAUAAUUGUUAGGAAUUGGAAAGAAGAUAGUGCAAGAUUAAAUCAAUCUUUAUGCAUAAGAUAAUGCCUGCUGGUUUUUGGCCUC